GCCUCUCAUUCUCUGCAGAUCGUCCGAGCGUGCGUCCUCUAUUCACUACUAUACUAACCUGUUCAUAAAGGCAUUUUUCUGAGUCAUGGGCAAGGAAAAAGUUCACAUCAAUAUUGUGGUCAUUGGCCAUGUCGAUUCUGGGAAAUCAACCACCACUGGUCACUUGAUUUACAAGCUUGGAGGUAUUGAUAAGCGUGUUAUCGAGAGGUUUGAGAAGGAAGCCGCUGAGAUGAACAAAAGGUCGUUCAAGUAUGCUUGGGUCCUUGACAAGUUGAAGGCCGAGCGGGAGCGUGGUAUUACUAUUGAUAUUGCUUUGUGGAAGUUCGAAACUAAUAAGUACUAUUGCACUGUCAUUGAUGCUCCUGGUCAUCGUGACUUUAUCAAGAACAUGAUUACCGGGACCUCACAGGCUGAUUGUGCUGUGCUUAUUAUCGACUCCACAACUGGUGGUUUUGAAGCCGGUAUUUCUAAGGAUGGGCAGACCCGUGAGCAUGCAUUGCUUGCAUUCACCCUUGGUGUCAAGCAGAUGAUUUGCUGUUGUAAUAAGAUGGAUGCCACCACUCCAAAAUACUCAAAGGCGAGGUACGAUGAAAUUGUGAAGGAAGUCUCUUCAUACUUGAAGAAGGUUGGAUACAAUCCUGAGAAAAUUGCUUUUGUUCCAAUCUCUGGUUUUGAAGGGGACAACAUGAUAGAGAGGUCUACCAACCUUGAUUGGUACAAGGGUCCAACCCUGCUAGAUGCUCUUGACCAGAUCAACGAGCCCAAGAGGCCCUCAGACAAGCCUCUUCGUCUUCCCCUUCAGGAUGUUUACAAGAUUGGUGGUAUUGGAACUGUGCCCGUGGGACGUGUUGAGACCGGAACUAUCAAGCCAGGAAUGGUUGUCACCUUUGGCCCAUCUGGUUUGACCACUGAAGUCAAGUCUGUGGAGAUGCACCAUGAAUCUCUGCUUGAGGCUCUGCCUGGUGACAACGUUGGCUUCAAUGUGAAAAAUGUUUCUGUCAAGGAUCUCAAGCGUGGUUAUGUGGCCUCGAACUCCAAAGAUGAUCCUGCUAAGGGAGCUGCCAGCUUCACAUCUCAGGUCAUUAUCAUGAACCACCCUGGUCAGAUUGGAAACGGUUAUGCCCCGGUACUUGAUUGCCACACCUCUCACAUUGCUGUCAAGUUUGCUGAGCUCUUGACCAAGAUUGACCGAAGAUCUGGCAAGGAGCUUGAGAAGGAGCCCAAGUUCUUGAAAAAUGGUGAUGCUGGAAUGGUUAAGAUGCUUCCCACCAAGCCUAUGGUGGUUGAGACAUUUGCUGAGUACCCGCCCCUCGGUAGGUUCGCUGUUCGUGACAUGAGACAGACUGUUGCAGUUGGAGUCAUCAAGGCUGUUGAGAAGAAGGAUCCAACUGGCGCCAAGGUCACCAAGGCUGCUGCCAAGAAGGGUGCCAAGUGAUUUUUUUUCCUUGUUCUUUGGUCCAAACAAUCAGUUUUUAUCAAUUUCCUUAGUUUUCGAACUUUUUAUUACGGAAUAUUAGCAAGUUUGGGUUAUUGGCUUCAGAUGGCCUUCCAUUGCAGUUCUCUAGCCUCGUUCGCGAGGGUAUUGGAGGCAUUGAGCAACAAGUUGCUUGAUAGGCAGUGGUGGAAUGUGCCAGGUUGCCAAUUUUUAUCUUAUUUUACUAGUGAGUUGUAUCUGGUUUUUGUUCAAUAUUUGUAUCUUGUUAUUUGACAUUCAUGCAUCAUUUCUAAUUAUGCUUUAUUAUUUUUUAUUCUUA